AUGGAGACUAUCUUGAGCGGAAUCGCUGACGCCCCGAUCAGCGAUGCGGCUAAAAGGAAGGCCUACGAGUUGGUGCUUAAAAUCGUAAAUAACAUCGUCAAGGCUGCUCAAGAAGAGGACCCAAAUCUCCCCAAGUUCAAAUGGGUCAAGGCAAACAGCGGGUCAGCUCUGCGAGAAAAAGUGUUGAACGUCAGCCCUUUAUUUCUGGAGCUUCUCAAAGCCCUUGGAUUUCGUCAGAGGGUGGGGAGGCCUCCUCACGUUCAGAAUGGCGCCCCUCAAGAGUACAUUGUUUUAGAGGACAAUGUCAGUAUUGACGACUUGGCCAGCAACGCGCAGCUUAUAGAGGCAGUACUUAGUAGCAUUCCAGAGGGUCAAAGUUCGGACUUACGGCCAGCCUCUUCAUUGACUUCUCCAGGAUCGGCUGGCCGGCAAUCAGCGGGAAACCUGACUGACGGCCAAGGCACCGGCCAGCCACCCGCUCACCCGCUUGUAUCGCGGUCAAGCGCGUCCACAGCUGCCCGCCGGCAGGAUCCAGAGGCGGAGUUGGAGGCAAUUAGACGAGAGCAGCAAGAGAGGUACAGACAGAGAGGGGCUGGGGGGUCUUCAGCAGCAGCACGGCCUUCUGCGGCAGGGAAUGAGAACGGCUCGGGCCAGAACCAGUCGGGCGGCGGCUGGUUUUGGCAGAAGUUCGGCUGGGGGGGAGGCAGUGACAGCAACAGUGGCCCCGACAACAAUAAUAACAACAACAGAGGACGAAGCACUUCUUCCCGGAGGCAGCCUCCCUCGAACAGGAUGAUGACGCUCCGUGAUCUGCCGCAGCCGCAGCGCCGUGGCUGA